AUGGUUUCUAAGACCACUGCUGGUGACUGGCGCCCUUGUGGUAACUACAGGGCUUUGGACAAUGUCACCACCCCUCUUUGUCUCUUUGAGUUCCUGCGGAUGUCUUUUAGACUACACAGCGCCUCAAAACCUUUCAAAGCUUCGUCGAUAAAGGUGCUCCGUGACCUACCCGUCGCCUUUGCCUCCAUUUACGACUUCUUGGUGGCAAGCUCUGCCGCAGAGGAACACAUGGAACAUCUCACAAUGGUGUCUGACCACCUUCAACAGAUUGCUGUUGUCCUCAACCCGUCCAAGAGUGUCUUCGGUGUGUCUUUCCUCGAGAUUUUUGGGCACCUGGUUGACACUAAUUGCAUAUGA